AUGGCGAAACCGACCGUCACUCUCAUCCCUUGGGAUCCAAACUCCCCCGAACAUGUGAAUCGCAUGGUCGAGCAACGCAUAAUCUGUGGCUGGCAAGCAUCAAUUGUCUCGACUGUGUGGAAAGGUGGACAUAUCAAUGGGACGAAAUGCGUUUAUUGGAUUGUCUUUCCGCAUGACGAACCACAGCGUGAGAAGUACCUCAACAUGCAUACUGAGGCAUAUCCCAAGGAGAGAGGAGAACUGCUCGACUCAAGCGAGACGCUACUCGGAAAACCGCGAGUUCCCAGGGGCGUAAAAUUCCUUCCGGUUGGGCACAUCGCCCUCGACACCCAUAUAGCCGAUUAUGCAGAAAAGCUCGACCUGAACAUUCCGAAAUCUGGUGCUUACUGGAUCAAGAGUCUGUACGUAUCCUACAGACUUCAAGGCCUGGGUAUCGGUGGAGCUGCUAUGAGCAUCGCUGAACGCAUGGCCAUCGAGGAGCCCCUCAACGCCAGACAUCUCCUACUGGACACGGUGCACCACGAAGACCAGGCAGAUGAGGAGUUUGCUCUUGCCAACUACGGAGGAGGUUUCAAGAUCCCCACUCAGGCUUGGUAUGAGAGACGUGGGUAUACGUUGAUUGGAACAGCUGAAAAUGUAUAUCAAUACCCAGAUCCAAAUGGAAAGAUUUGGCCUUGCAGGACUGUCUUCUUACAGAAGGAUAUAGCUUAG